AUGGAUCCUUCAGAGAAGAAGAUAUCGGUGUGGAUAUGCCAGGAGGAGAAGCUGGUGUCUGGCCUUUCCCGCCGCACCACCUGCUCGGACGUUGUGCGAGUGCUCUUGGAGGAUGGCUGCCGGCAGCGACGGAGACAGCGGCGGGGCCGGCGGCGAGGGGCGGCCGGCGACCCUCCAGGCCCAGGGGAGCUGUCCGAACCCCUGGACGAGGACAGCGAGGACGACGAAGAGGCGCUGCCGCAGGGCAUGCUGUGCGGGCCCCCGCAGUGCUAUUGCAUAGUGGAGAAGUGGCGUGGCUUUGAGCGCAUCUUGCCCAACAAGACGCGCAUCUUGCGCCUCUGGGCCGCCUGGGGUGACGAGCAAGAGAAUGUGCGCUUCGUGCUAGUGCGCUGCGAGGCGUCGCUGCCUAACGCGGGGCCCCGCAGUGCCGAGGCGCGCGUCGUGCUCAGCCGCGAGCGCCCUUGCUCGUCCCGGGGGGCCCCAGCGCGGCCCAACCUGGCCAUGACCCAGGAGAAGCAGCGGCGGGUGGUGCGCAAGGCCUUCCGCAAGCUGGCCAAGCUCAACAGGCGGCGCCAACAGCAGCCACCGUCGUCGUCGUCCUGUUCAUCCACUUCGUCGUCCACAGCCUCCUCCUGCUCGUCUUCGCCGCGGGCCCACGAGGGAGCAUCGGUGGAGCGCAUGGAGACCUUGGUGCAUCUGGUCCUCUCCCAGGACCACACGAUCCGCCAGCAGGUGCAGCGGCUCCGCGAGCUGGACCACGAGAUCGACCGCUACGAGGCCAAGGUGCAUCUGGAUCGCAUGCGGCGGCACGGGGUCAACUACGUUCAGGAGACUUACUUGGUGGGGGCAGGCAUAGAGCUCGACGGGCCCAGCCCGGGAGAGCAGCAGGCGGAGGUGGCAGCGGCGGAGAAGGAAACGGUGGCUGCGGCGCCCGUAGACGGGGAGACCCAAGCGGCGGCGCUGGAAGAGCUGGCCCGGCGCUGCGAAGACCUGCUACGGCUGCAGGAGCAGCGGGUUCAGCAAGAGGAGUUGCUAGAGCGCCUUUCGGCCGAGAUUCAAGAGGAGCUGAACCAGAGGUGGAUGCGGCGGCGCCAGGAGGAGCUGGCGGCAGGGGAGGAGUUCCCGGAGCCCGACGGUGGCCCCGACGGCGAGCUGCUGCUGGAGCAGGAGCGGGUCAGGACGCAGCUCAGCACCAGCCUUUACAUCGGGCUCCGGCUCAACACCGACCUAGAGGCCGUCAAGUCGGACUUGGAUUACAGCCAGCAGCAGUGGGACAGCAAAGAGCGGGAGCUGCAGGGCCUUCUCCAGACUUUGCACACUUUGGAGCUGACAGUGUCGCCGGAUGGGACUCCCAGCUCUGGAGGUCCCUUGCAGGAAGCCGGGCCUCAGGCCUGCGCCGAGGUGUGGGUGGACCAGGCCCGCGGGCUGGCCAAGAGUUGUUCUGGCAACGACGAGGACUCGGACACCGGGCUGAGCUCUAUGCACAGCCAAGACUCGGACUCUGUACCUGUGUGCGAAUCCCUUGUGUAG